CAAUCACAGCACAGAGAUCAGCUCAUAUGAACAGACCAGCCAAUCACAGCACAGAGAUCAGCUCAUAUGAACAGGCCAGUCGCUUGGUCACAUCAGACAGAGAUCAACAGAGAUCGACGGCUGUACGGAAUCUUCUGGGUCGUGAUGUUUCUUCUGCUGGUCAUUGGACUGAUGAGCACCACUGGGCCUGCAGUGUCUGCAGCUGAGCUGCUUGUGCUGGAGGGAGGAUCAGUCACUCUGAAUGUGACAGGACAUGAAGACAAACAUGACUUAAAAAGAAUGUCAUGGAGUUUUUAUGAACAAGAGAUUGUGGUGUACAGCCAUAAAAACAGUGAUGUGGAUUAUGACUGUGUUUAUGAAGCCAGAAUGGAGUUUGAUGUGAACACCUUCUCCCUGCGGCUGAAGAAUCUGCAGAAGACGGACUCUGGACUCUACAAAGCAGAGAAGGCUUUACAUGGAAAACAAAAAGAGACUGUAGCUGAAUACAGGAUUUAUGUCCUGGAGCCUGCAGCAGCCCCCACUCUGACUGUGGUGUCUAACUGGUCCAGCAGUGACUCCUGUAGUGUGACUCUAAACUGCACAGGACUCAACGUGUCUCUGAUCUCCAGCUGUAACGGCAUCGUCUGCUCUCAGGAGGAAGGAGUCACAUCCCUCUCCAUCUCUCUCAACCACAGCACUGUCUCCUGUAACCAUAGCAACCCUGUUAGCUGGAGCCAGGCCACCAUGGACCUUAAACCACUCUGCCCACUGUACAGAGAUGAUUUAGCGCCCCCUGCUGGAAUGUCUCCAUGUCUGCUGAAGGCCCUGCUGGUGACUGUAGUUCUGAUCACCAUGGUUACUGCUGUCAUCACUGUUCACAUCAGAGUGAAACUUGAUAAAUCAAAAUAAAUGUGUACGCACACACAAAAAGCUCACAGGAAUCGAAUCCGACACAAACAUCCGAGUCUCCGAGCUUAAAAUCCAACCUGUCUUUCCGUCUUUGUGUUCAAGUCAUUUUUCCCCUGUGGGAGGUCGGAAUGUGGCGUGAAGGCUAUAAUAUGCUGCUCCUAUAGGCUAUGCUCCUAUAGGCUAUAGGCUAUGCUCUUAUAGGCUAUGCUCCUAUAUGCUAUGUUCCUAAAGGCUAUGCUCUUAUAGGCUAUGCUCCUAUAGGCUAUGCUCCGUAGCCGAUUGUGCAAUUGGUUGGGUGAGGACGUAGACUACAGUAGGCUGUGUGUGUGUGUGAGAGGGAGGAGGGAGGCGUGUGUGAUAGCGUGUGUGUGUUGCCAUCAUAAGUGUAGUCCAGUUUACUUCACCUGUACAGUAUGUUGU